UCGAUUUCAUUUGAGAAGCAUUGUGUAGCCUCCAUUGUAACUUUAACCCUCUCUCUCUCUCGCUCUCUGUCUUGCACUGCCUUAUGUUUUUUUCCUUCAAUACAGGCAGUUCAAGAAUAUAGUAUGGGACCUAAGGGGUUCUGCGUUAAUUUGUGGUUACACCACUUAUCAUCGUUUGCAAAAUGAAGAGGAAAGUUUUGGUGACUGAUAGCUUAUUUAGUAUGGACGGUGACUUUGCACCAAUGGAAGAGCUCUCUCAGCUUCGGAGGAAGUAUGGCUUCCUCUUAGUUAUUGAUGAUGCCCAUGGAACAUUUGUUUGUGGUGAAAAUGGAGGUGGCGUGGCUGAGGAAUUUAACUCUGCAGCCGUCGUAGAUUUAUGUGUGGGCACUUUGAGUAAGGCAGCAGGGUGUCACGGCAGAUUCAUAGCUUGCAGGUAUCCAUGCCUAUGUGAUCUGAAAUUCGUGAAUCAAGAAUAUGUAUUAGUGUUGGUUCAUAGCUUAGGACCUCUGUUUUUCAUCGAAGGACCUCUGCUUUUCCUUUUUGGUCGAUCACAAAACUUGUUGGUCGUGUGAAAUGUGAUGCGUGUUUCUAUCAUUUUUAAUCAAAAGAGACAAUUUUAGCA